CGGGAACUGCAGUGAGCACUGACUGAGCAGUCGGUAGGACGGUGGACCAAGCCUGAGCCUCCUGAGUCCUGCCAUUGGGCAAAGUUGCCACAUGCAAUCUGCCAAUCUGCAAACAGUUCGCCACCUGCGGUUGAGACAAUCUGGGGCGUUCGUUCUGGCUGGUGAGGCGCAAUAUUGCUGUUGAGACGGAUGCUGAGGAAGGGCUUCAUUCUCUCAAGGAGGUUCUGAUUGCAGAAUUGCUGCCGUGUGUAAAACACAGGGGUGGCUUUCCGACAAAGCAGACUUUGUGGUGAAGAUUAUCCGACGAUGCAUGGGGCGCUCGAUCGGCCAUGCACCCACGGUCUCCCCAUCAAUGCUUAGGCACACUCUAUGCAGACUUUCACACACAGCUAACCUGGUUCUUGGGCCAGCUUACCGUCAUAUUUUAGUUCCGCCCAGGUUAAGCUCUCUUGCCAUCAAUCUGCCUCCUGACACUCCAAGUUUUGGGACUCUAGUGUCAGGUGCACAGCGUUUGCAUUUGGAGCGAGUCCCUUCUCGGUCAUUGCUAGCGAGCAAUACUCAGCUCUAUCCAAGCUUCCAUUCAGCAGGAGGAGGUUCUGUAGGGGUUGUGAGCAUGAAAGAAGACAAGGAGGCUGUGCCUAUUCCCGCAGCGAAGGGGAGGCAGACCUCCAUAGCAUCCUUUUUCGGCGCAAAACCUGGCCACAAAGCCAAAGCCGCAGAAAAGGCCACGGCACCUGGGGUCGCUGCAAAGGAUGUAGUCCAACCGGAGAUACAAGGAGAGAAUGUGGAGAAGAAAAAGCGAGUCAGGAAUGAGACAAAGCGGGCUCUUGAGAAAGCGCUCGGUGUGGUGGCGCCCAUCUCUGAAGCAGUGGUGAAAGCAGCAGACGCUGUUGAGGCUGUCGCGGCACCCCCAGAUGAUAGGCACGAUCCAGAGGCUGUUGCAAACUCUGAUCAUGUAGCUGGAAUGAAGAAAGCCCCCGAGGAAGGUGUUCUGGGUGAGGAAGAGGCUGCUCCGAAAGCGAAGCGACGUCGGCGCUUGGUGAAGGCGUCUGAUGCCGAAGAAGUCAAGAAAGUACCGUUGGAGGGGCGGGCUGAAGAGGAAGUCAAUGAGAGCUUUGAAACAGAGGCGGCCGGUGCAGCAGUUGAACCUACGCCUGCGGCUGACGAACAAGCUAUGGAAGAGGAUACACUGGGGAAGGGCGCGGAGCAAGCGGGGAAAGAUAGCACGCAGCAUGUGAGGUCCUUCUUCACACGGAAAGCUCCCAAGAGAGCAUCUCCCAAGAAAGAAGUGGGGACGGAAAGGCAAGAAGGGAAGGCCGAGGAUGAUGAAGCAGGCAAGGGAACAGCAAAAGGUGCGCUGAAGAAGGGGAAAGCCGAAGCUUUUGAAGGCGUGCAAGCGGUAAUCCCUGCAGCGGAGGUGUCUGAGCGGGAGAAGAGCCCCAGUCCUGAGGAGGUUGAGGACGAGGACCUGGGGGAGACGCUUCUAGUUACGGAGGCGGCACUUGAACAGGAGGAGGAGGCAGCCCCAAGUAAAGCUGCGAAAAAGAAAGCAGGACCAAAAGCCAAAGCAAAACCGAAGGCUAAGGGCGCUCCUGGGAUUGGCGAUGGUCUGACGGCCUUAGCAACCAAGCAUGCAUCAUAUGACCCAUUGAAGGCGGCCACCUGGAAGCCAGGGGAACGGGUCCCUUUCUUGUUCCUUGCACAGGCGUUGGACGCUAUCUCGAAUGAGAGCGGCCGCCUGGCCAUGACCGAGCUCUUGUGCAACGUCUUCCGCACCGUCAUCGCAACUAGCCCAGGGGACCUAUUGCCCGUUGUUUACUUAGUCGCGAAUAAGGUGGCGCCAGCUCACGAGGGCGUGGAGCUGGGGAUCGGCGAGGCGACGCUCGUGAAGGCGCUCGCGGAAGCGACGGGCAGGAAGGAGGCGCAGAUCAAAAUCGACAUGAAGAAAGCCGGAGACUUGGGCAUCGUGGCACAGGCCAGUCGGACAACCCAGCGCACUAUGUUUCCGAGCGCUGCGCUCACGUGUGGGAAAGUGCUGGACGAGUUUCGCUUCAUUGCGAAGGAGUCCGGCACUGCGAGUCAGGACAAGAAGCGGGCGCGCAUAAAGGCCCUGCUGGUUGCUGCCCGGGAAUGCGAACCGCUGUAUCUGAUGCGACAACUCGGGGGCAAGAUGCGGAUCGGACUUGCUGAGCAGACGGUCAUCUCCGCUUUGGGCCAGGCAGUGGUUUUGUCAGAAGACCCUCCAGUUCCUCCGAAGGACUUACCAGCGCGGCUUGACGAAGCUGGCAAGAUCAUGAAGAAGGUCUACAGCGAGUGCCCCUCCUUCGACGAGAUCGUGCCCGCGCUGCUGGAGGUCGGUGUGAAACGGCUCCCGGAGGUCUGCCAUUUCAAGCUGGGCGUCCCAGUCAAGCCCAUGCUGGCCAAGCCCACCAAAGGCGUCACAGAAGUGCUCGACAAGUUCCAGGACCGGCUGUUCACGUGCGAGUACAAGUACGACGGGGAGCGGGCGCAGGUACACGGCUUCGAGGACGGCAGCAUCUUCGUGUACAGUCGGAGCGCCGAGAACGUGACGGAACGAUACCCGGACAUUCGGGACAGCAUUGCAAAGUACGUGAAGCCGGAGACGAAGUCGUUUGUUAUCGAUUGCGAAGCCGUGGCGUAUGAUCGGGUCAAAGACAAGAUCCUGCCCUUCCAGGUCCUGAGCACACGCGCGCGGAAACAGGUGCAAACGGCGGAUAUCAAGGUGCAGCUGUGCUUAUACGCGUUCGACCUUCUGUACCUGAACGGGGAGGCGCUGAUCGAAGAGCAGCUGCGGGAACGGAGGGAGAAGCUGUUCGGCGCGUUUGAAGAGGUCAAGGGCGAGUUCCAGUUCGCCAAGACGAUCACGAGCCGGGAGUUGGAGGAGAUGCAGCAGUUCUUGAACGAUGCGGUGGACCACAGUUGCGAAGGGCUCAUUGUGAAGACGUUGACGGAGGAAGCGACCUACGAGCCGUCCCAGCGGUCCAAUCACUGGCUCAAGCUGAAAAAGGACUACAUGGACACCGUGGGCGAUACCAUCGAUUUGGUGCCAAUCGGGGCGUUCUACGGCGGCGGAAAGCGGGCCGGAGUUUAUGGGGCGUACCUGCUCGCGUGUCACGACGAGGAAAACGACGAGUAUCAAGCCAUCUCCAAAAUCGGAACCGGCUUUUCGGACGUCAUGCUGACCGAGCGCUUCAACGCGUUGAAGGACCACGUGAUUGAUGCUCCAAAGCCAUACUACCAAGUGGACGAGACGUUUGCCAAGAAGGUUGACGUCUGGUUCGAGCCCCACGAGGUUUGGGAGGUGAAAGCGGCCGACCUGUCCAUAAGCCCGCACUAUCGAGCUGCGGCUGGUGUCGUUGACCCGUCGAAGGGCAUCUCCGUUCGGUUCCCGCGCUUCAUCCGGCUUCGGGAGGACAAGAAGCCAGAGUCGGCAACGUCAUCGGAGCAGAUUGCGGAAAUGUACCGUAGUCAAAAGAUCAACCAUGUGGGACAGGCUGGCGAUGAGGACGACUAGCUCUCGUUAAAGAGAGGGUUCGAAGCCGCAUGGCGCGCAAAAUAAGUCUCACAUGGAUAUACCAUGUCCUUGCGGUUGUUGCGGUGCCCGUGCGACGCUGAGACUGAAUACCGGAAUAAAUGACGUGUUUACAUCCAUCUUACUGCCCGGGACUCCCAUCUUACUGCCCGGGACUCUCUUUGAUGAAAUGCACGGCGUAUGCAGUGACAUACAGGG